UCAAGGUUUUCAUUUUUAAUUUUGCCAACAACUAUGGGAGAAAGACUGGCUGCUAAACUAGCUAAAAUAACGGGGAUAACGGCUAUAAUUAGCUACUGCCUUAUCGAUACCGAUAUCGAUAAGACACCAUUUCGAAUGCAACCGAAUUCGUUGGAAUUUCAGUUUCAAAAGAGUCAGAAAGCUUUCGAAAGACUUUCGAAAGAAAGCGCUAGCUCGCUCGUGUCGUGGAUCGGAGGAGGAUGCUGGGCUGACGAACGGAUUAUUCAACGCGCCGCAAAAAUGGCAACGCUCGCAAACAAAGCCCAAACGCCACAAAAGUCACAUUAUUAGGACAUAUUCGCGUUAAGUUUUGAAUAAAUCGAGUGUAAAAGUGUUGUUUCCAAUUGGCGAUACAAAAAACGACGGGUGCCCGAGUGUCCCGACUUAAUUUUCGACUGUCUAUAUAUAGAUCCUCUGUAUAGGCAAGCACAAUAUUGCAAAUAGGUUAAAUAUCUAACGUCUCGGAAUGGGAAAUCAGCCGGGAAAGCUGCACACGCAUCCGCAGAGCGGUCGCCCCAAGAAGGCAGUUCACUGGAAAUCAGCAGAGCGACCCUCGCCACCCGGUCGACCCAUCCUGACGCCACUGGCUCAGCCAGAGCAGCAGCCGGACGUGGUCAAUCUGAGGUGGGAUCGUCCGCUCCAUGACGGCGGCUCUCCCAUCACCGGCUACACGGUGGAGCACCGUCGCAUGGGCUCCCCGCAUUGGGUGCGGGCCACGCCCAUUCCCGUGACAGGCUGCGAUGUCUGCAUCAGUGGCUUGGAACCCGGAUGGCGCUAUCAGUUCCGCUGCUUCGCUGAGAACAUUGUGGGUCGCUCCGAUGCCAGCGAUCUAUCGGAUCCGCUGACUGUGACCCUGCAGAGGAAUGCCAUCACCGUGCCGCGAUUCAUUGACGAACUGGAGGACAUGAAUGCCGUGGAGGACGAGCGCAUAGAGUUCCGGGUUCGCAUCUUAGGCGAGCCGCCACCGGAGAUCAAUUGGUUUAAGGAUGGCUACGAGAUCUUUAGCAGUCGCCGCACUAAGAUCGUCAACGACAAUGAGGCCAGCGUACUGGUGAUCCACCAGGUGGCCCUAACGGAUGAGGGAGAGAUCAAGUGCACGGCCACCAAUAGGGCGGGUCAUGUGGUUACCAAGGCCCGACUGAUGGUUCAGGCUCCGCCUAAGAUUCGGCUGCCACGGACUUACGAGGAUGGACUGAUCGUGGAGGCCGAUGAGGUGCUGCGGCUUAAGGUGGGCGUGGCAGGGCAACCACCGCCGGCCAUAACGUGGCUCCAUGAGGGCGAGAUCAUCGCCCCAGGUGGACGCUUUGAGAUCACCAACACGGAGAAGAACUCGCUGCUCAAGAUCGACAAUGUGCUGCGCGAGGAUCGCGGCGAGUAUAUGGUUCGGGCCUGGAACCGACUGGGCGAGGACAGCACCUCCUUUCUGGUCACGGUGACGGCCAGACCCAAUCCCCCGGGAGCCCCCAAGCUGAACAUGUCCUUUGGCAAGUCGGCAACGCUCUCCUGGACGGCACCCCUCGACGAUGGUGGCUGCAAGAUCGGCAACUACAUCGUUGAGUACUUCCGCGUGGGCUGGAACGUGUGGCUCAAGGCGGCCACCACCAGAGCCCUGGCCACCACGCUGCACGAUCUGAUCGAGGGAUCCGAGUACAAGUUCCGUGUCAAGGCGGAGAAUCCCUAUGGUCUCAGCGAGCCCUCGGGGGAAUCGGAGCUGCUCUUCAUACCGGAUCCCAAGAGGGGAAUAACCAAGCCCAAGUCAGCUACCAGGAUAGCUGGAGAAGACAAGGACAAGCAGAAGGGUGAAGCUGGAGCCGCAGUGCAGGUUCCGCCCCGCAGGAAGACACUGUCGCCUCCGCGACCGCAAGCCGAUGCCUCUACAGGAAUGUCGCCCAAGCAAUCGCCCAGCGUGAAGCGGAAACCCAAGCCGCAGCUCAUCGAUAACGAGCAGCUGCACCACGAGAUGUCAUAUGGUACCUCGGAUCAGGCUCUGAAGAUGGACGUGCGCAAGAGUCCCUCGCAGAGCAGUGCCGACUUGGCCGUUAAGACCACAACUGUGGGCUCCAAUCCCAAGCUUAAUCUGACGCUGGUCACCACAACCUUGGCUCCUUUGGAGAAAUCGCAGGCACAGCCAAGGUCACCAAAGUCCCCAGUUUCGCCGCCUUUGAAGCUAUUCAACAUCAAGCCUUCUGGAGCUGCCAAGGAUAACCCGAAGCCCAAGGACAAAUCACCAGUGCCACCAAGACAACCUCAACCAUUGCCCACUCCGCCCAAGGAAAAGCCGGAGAAGGCCUCGCCCAAUCGCAAGAGGAGCUUAAGUCCUCCAAACAAGCGUCAACCGGUGCCACUUCGCAAGAGUCCCACACCACCGGAACCCAUGAAAGCCACAGCCGCCCUGCUGCGUAGCGCUGAACCCGUCCAGCUGGGAGUCAAUCAGAAUGUCAGACGCUUCUCCGGACAGACCCUCAGUCCGGCCAGGAAUGUGCCCACUCUGGCCCUUGCUGUGGCCUCUGGGGUAAGCGCUGUGAUUGGUGAGAAGCUGCCAACCAUUGAGAUAAGUGCUCCACCCACGCCGCAAGAGGAGGAGCCUCCCAUGCGGGAGCCAUCGCCAUCGCCAUCGCCAUUGCCUUCUCCAGUGCCAGCUCCGGUGAUGUCCCAGCCCAUUUCGAGGCGGUCUUCCAGGUCAGCGGAUAAACAUGAUGAUGUCCAUACCAGCAAUGAGUUCAUGCUCGUGGUGUUCGAUAAGAACAGCAAAGUCAAGGACAAGGACAAACAAGAUUCCUUUGAGCUGGACCUGGAGGAUGCCAUCCAGCCGCCGCCCAUCUCGAUUUCGGCUCCGGAUCUGGCCUUCCUGGAGUUCACCAACUUGCAUACCACCUUUCCGCUGCGCCGCUCUGUCAGCUCCACGGAACUGCUCUACGAGCGGGCCAUGGCUCGCUUCUACGAGGCCGUGGAGCUGGAGCAGGCUUCCAAGUCGCGCAAGACAUCGCAAGAUAAGCUGGCAUCCACUCCAGCUCCGCCACGCGAACCGCCGGCCAAUCUGCGCAAGCGUCUUGGCUCCAUUUCGGAGGCGGAGCGUGUGUCCUUCGAAAGGAGAGCAGAGCUGCGCCGCCAGUCAGCGGACAUGGUGUCCAUGGCGCGCAAAUGGGACUCAAGGGAGAAUGUCAACGAUUCGGGCAACCUAAUGCGCUCGGGACAGCUGGCCUUGGAGAAGGGAAGGGAUCUUGGGGAGUCGCAGGACCAGGAGGAGCUGGAGGAGGAACAUUUGACGGAGAGCACGGCUGACGAUAGCGAGGAUAUGGAUCUGGACUUUGACGAAGAUGAAGCUCUAGACUUGGAGUAUCCUUCACAAAAACAGAAGCAACAUCAGCAGUUUCAGCAGCAGUCCAGCAACGACCUGGGUUCGGACUAUACGGAGAGCACUGCUUCCUCGGAGCAGGACUCCAUUGAGAAGUUCAAAAUGGAGCUGCUGGCCCGCACUCGCUCGCCCAGUCCCCGGGACUUGGAGACCUACCAUCCGCGCACCAUGGGCGCUGGCACUUUUACGCCCUACAGGGCACCCACUCCCGAGCAGGCUGCCGUCGUACUCACACGUCCAGUGCCUCUGCCCAGUCCUGAUUUCGUGCCCAAGCCCAUCUUGAAGCGUUCCUCCAACGAACACGUGGAACAGUCGGCAAUGAGUCCCUUGCCGGCAGGGAAUGGAAACGAAUUUAUUGGUGGGGCUGCAGUGCCGCCACCCAUCUCCCCCGCUGCCGUCGGCAAUCCCAGCACCAGCACCCUCAAGAUGGAUCUGGCCAAGGGCAUCAAGUCGUUCUUCAGUCGCGACAAACGCUCGGCCACUGAGAAAAACACAGAGGCGAACGAGGAGAUAUCCAAUCCGCUGGAGAAGACCAAUGCCGCCGCCAUUGCCGCGGACUUGGAGGCUAAGCGCAAGGCCAAGGAGGAGGAUGAGUUGCGCCGGAAGGAGGAGGAACGCCUUAUGGAGGAGGAGGCCCAUGCAGCCGUCGAUCACUAUAGCGAUCUGGUGCGGGAGGUUGGCAGCUCACACAGGUAUCACACGCCGCUCUACCUCGAUCGGGAUGAGUUAAAGCGGGCGGCUGCCAAGGCGGCGGCAGAGACCGAUGAGGAGGAUCUUCUCUCGCACUCGGAGGAGUUAAAGAAACGACUUGCCAGUGGUGGCAGCGGCGAUGACUUGUUCCUGGCUCCUCCAGUGGUCCGUGAACGCCGCCUCUCUAUAUCGGAAAGGGAGCAGCUGGUCCAUGUCCGUGAUGCAGCCAGCAAUCUGGCCAUUCAUCGAUCCCCGGACCAGGCAGAACAGGAUCAGGAGGUUGAGCGUGAGGAGCACGUGUCCCAGCACGAGGAAUACCUGCCGGAUGAGGAGCCAGAGUACCCCACUGUGCUGGUGGUGCCGCCGCCCAAAUCAAAGAAGAAAAGCGAAUCGGAGACUGAGAGCGUCAUGAGCGAGAUGGUGGAGGCUCGUCCGGAUGCCAGGGGACGGACUCGCCUGGUCAAGGUGAAGCGAGUGAUAAGACGGCGUGUUCCCUCCAGCACGCGUUCGCGUGACACCUCUCUAAGCAGACCAGCGCUUCCUACUGGAGCGGAGACAUCGGCUUUGGUUCUCUCCACCGCCGACAGGGAACUGCUGGAGAAGACUGCCGCUCUGGCCAUUCUUCAGUCGGAGGAGCAGGCCCACGAGAAGGUCCGCUCGGCGCUGAGCUACUCCACCGAUCUGGUACUCUUCCUGGUCGCCUGCUAUGUGUACUUGUUCAAGGACGCCCGCCUGGUGCUGCCCAUUUUGGGUCUGAUUAUCUACCGGCAACUGGGUGAUGCCGUGCGCGGUUGUGUGCCCCAAUGGCUGCGUCGCCGGCUAAACGGGAACGAGGGCAGUUAGACAAUUGGAGUAGAAUCCCAUCCUCAAUACCCUUUGCUCAAUACUCACAUGCGUUUAUCGGUUAAGUUAGUUUUUAUUACAUUUACAUACGACUUAUUUAUACGAUUUAAGUAAGUAAAGUUGAAGGUAUCCAUUUA